AUGACAGCUCAACGGCUCAACAAUGAUUACCAUGUCAUUAAUCACUCUCAUGCCACCUUCCGCCAGAUGGUGCUGCUGGGAUGCUUGAUCCCAUUUCUCCUGCUCGAGGUAGUCAUGGUGGAAGGAGCGCCACUCCAAGGCGCAGGCGAAAUGGCGACUGCCGGACACGGCGCCGCAGAUGCAAAGCCAGCUCUAGCCCAAACGAAGAGCUUGGAGAAGGGUCACGGCACAAAAGAUACCCAAGCACCCAUUGCCUACCCAUAUCACGCACCGGUUUUACCCAGCACCAGUAUAUUACCCAACACCCAACAUUGUCUACGUCACGGAUCCACCCCGAAGGUCUUACCUCCGUCGAUUUCUGGAUGGGAUCAAAGACGCCUACAGAUCAGCUGCAUAUCAUGUGGACAGGGCCAUAUACAGGACCGUAGACUGGGUCCGCAAUCUAUUUUGCCGAAACUAAAAGUACUGUUUGUUGUCUUGCACCACCAGACCAUUAUUGUGAACCAGUCGCGCAACAUCAUCAUUAUUACCCUCCGGCUCAAUUAUCGUUCUUUGCCAUCAGAUUAUCAUUACUCGCCACCUGCACCUCCUCUGUAUCCUUACAAGGAAGAGACCCCUCAAACAGCCUUGGCCACGCCUAUCGAGACGAGCCCUCCACUCAACGCAGGGAAGGAGAAUGGGGGUUCGAGUCUGGCAGUUGCAAGUUCCGGUGUCGCCCAAUCCUCCCCAGAACUCUCCAAACCUUCAGUUCAAGCGACAGGACCGGACAUUAAACAGGCCACGGAGGAAUUGCGCUUGAAAACUGUCAGGCUGGACAUACCAGCACCAGAAUGUCACUACGUCCGCGAGAUUGACGUCAAGUAUCUACCAGGUGGUCGCCAAACUGUUGAUUUCAUAAAACAGGAUCACGGUUUGUUUAGAGCACUUGCCCACAUCGCAUCACAUAAUCAAUACGAUCCCGAAGUGUUCAGGCAAGAAUUGAUUGAUCAUAUAGCAAGACACCCGAAGCGAUUUUCAACAUAUCUCACUACGGAGGGAGAAAAUCACAAGACAUUUACAGUUCGAAAUCAGCUUUAUCGACUUUCAGACGGCCAAUCGGUUGAUGGUGUCGAAUUUGCUGCUUUUUCAGAUCUCCACGAUAUCAAUGUUUUUCUUGUAUCGAAGAUAGGAAACACUGUGCGCGCUCAGGUGCGCAGAUCUGUUCGAGCGUAUAACGAAUAUAGAGGAAUAAUUGUGGAAGACGGGCACUAUGAACUGUUUGGCUACAAGGACCCCCCGAGAUCAAGUGCCAAAUAA